AUGUUAGCAAAAUACGGUUUGCAAAAACAUCCAUUCCUAACACAAAUAUAUGAGGUUAGGCAUAAGUGGGCCAAACCGUACUUCAUGGGUGUGUUCUGUGCAAAUAUGACAAGCACACGAGGAAGUGAAAGUGCAAAUCAUUUGUUGAAGGGGUAUGUACCGUGGGAUGUCCUAUGCAUCUAUUUAUUAAGCAAUUCGAGAAGAUAUUAUUUGAUAGAGACUCAGAGGAAAGCUAUCAAGAAAAACGCACUGCAGGUGUAG